AUGGGAUACAAGCCAAGCCAGAUGGGAUACAAGCCAAGCCAGAUGGGAUACAAGCCAAGCCAGAUGGGAUACAAACCAAGCCAGAUGGGAUACAAGCCAAGCCAGAUGGGAUACAAGCCAAGCCAGAUGGGAUACAAACCAAGCCAGAUGGGAUACAAACCAAGCCAGAUGGGAUACAAGCCAAGCCAGAUGGGAUACAAGCCAAGCCAGAUGGGAUACAAGCCAAGCCAGAUGGGAUACAAACCAAGCCAGAUGGGAUACAAACCAAGCCAGAUGGGAUACAAACCAAGCCAGAUGGGAUACAAGCCAAGCCAGAUGGGAUACAAGCCAAGCCAGAUGGGAUACAAACCAAGCGAGAUGGGAUACAAGCCAAGCCAGAUGGGAUACAAACCAAGCCAGAUGGGAUACAAACCAAGCCAGAUGGGAUACAAAUGGAUCCAGAAGGGAUGA